AUGGCUGGAGCUCUGACUUUCCUUCUCAUUGGUUGUCUGCUGAAAGGUUCCCUGUGUGAACAGUUUAAGGUCAUUAUGCCGCAGACUGUUGAGGCUCUGAGUGGAUCCUGUGUGACCAUCCCCUGCUCCUUUGACAUAGAGACCAAAUUUGACAAUAACUUAGAUUACACAUGUAAAGCAAUAUGGAAACGUAAAAGUGAUGACAAAAUUGUGUUUGAUAGUGCUGAAAAACCUGGAACAAAUGGAGAACUGAGGGGAAACCUGACAGAAAAAGAUUGCACCACAACCCUCAAUAACACUGUUCUUGAUACCAGCAACACAUAUUACUUCAGACUGGAGUGUAACAAUGCACUCAAAUAUAGUUUUAACAAGGACUUCGAGGUGGUGAAUGUAUUGUUCAAAGCUGAUCCUCCCUCACCGACUCUGACUCCGUCCACACUGGAGGUGAAGGAGGGAACCUCAGUGAGUUUGAACUGCUCUGCUCCAGCUCCCUGUUUGUCUCAUCCUCCAACUCUGACAUGGACCCCCAACCUGGGUGACAGUCGGGAGACACUGCAGGAGAAUCAGAACAAAACUAAAGUCAAGAUCUCUGUUCUGACCUUCACUGUUUCUCACCUCCAUCAUGGAAAGACCAUCUCCUGUACUGUCACCUACAGCAAACAAGAUGGCAGCACUGUGGCAUCUGUUAGCACAAGUUUAACAGCUGAUAUUUCAUAUUCACCCAAAGACACCAAAGUGUUUGUCAGUCCCUGUGGUCCAGUACCAGAGAACAACAAUGUGACUCUGACAUGCAAUAGUUCUGCCAACCCAGUCGUAAGGAACUACACCUGGUACAGAGCUGAUGGAGGACAGGAGACUUUCAUCUGGACUGGACAGACUUUAAAUAUUAAAGCUUCUAAACUCACUGGUCCUUUUUUCUGCACGGCUGAAAAUGAUCUUGGAGCCGAACGAUCCAACAUCAGUCAAAUAGAUGUUCGAUUUCCUCCACAGAUCCUGCUCUCAUCUGACUGCACUAAAACUGCAAACCAGGUCAACUGUUCCUGUGAGACAGUGGGAAACCCUUCUCCCAUUUUACACUGGUAUUUGGAUGGGCUACCUGUCAGUCACUCUGACAAGUUUGCAGUCAGCAAUGAGUCUCUAAAUGGCACAGGUCAAGUGAUGUUGUCAGUCUUCAUCACCACAGUUGUCGCUCUACUAGUACUAGUAUGUGCUCUGCUGUUUGUAAUCAGGGCUCAGAGGACUCGCCUUAAACUUCAUAGGAGUCGGUGCACAGGUGACACCAGCGUUGCUAUGAGACAAUUUCUCGCAAGAAGCGAGGGAAAUGAGGCACCCAACACAACAGAAGAGGGCAUUUAUGUCAACACCGAUAGGCUGAGACAGGCACACGUCCCCCACCCUGCAACUACGUCUGAGCCAAUUAGCACCAAUUUACCAAGCAAUGCAGAAGGAGCCAGAAAAUUUUCAGGGAAGAAGAAUGAGGAAGGGACACAUACGGUUUACUCCAAUGUGAACUGGAAGAAGAAAAGCAAGAUGAAGCAGCAAGAAGAAUCUGUGGACAUGGAUCCACCCGGUAGCUCCUGUCUGGAGGAGGAGAGGUGCAUGGUGGGAAGCAUGAGCGAUGCACUGACGAUGGGAAACAUAUCUGGUGAAGUGCAGCCUAGAAAUAUGAAGAGGGAUAUGCGAUGUUCCCUGUGUGAACAGUUUAAGGUCAUUAUGCCGCAGACUGUUGAGGCUCUGAGUGGAUCCUGUGUGACCAUCCCCUGCUCCUUUGACAUACAGACCAAAUUUGACAAUAACUUAGAUGACACAUGUAAAGCAAUAUGGAAACGUAAAGGUGAUGACAAAAUUGUGUUUGAUAGUGCUGAAAAACCUGGAAUAAAUGGAGAACUGAGGGGAAACCUGAAAGAAAAAGAUUGUACCACAACCCUCAACACUGUUCUUGAUACCAGCAACACAUAUUAUUUCAGACUGGAGUGUGACAAUGAACUCAAAUAUAAUUAUGACAAGGACUUCCCAGCAGUGAAUAUAUUGUUCAAAGCUGAUCCUCCCUCACCGACUCUGACUCCGUCCACACUGGAGGUGAAGGAGGGAACCUCAGUGAGUUUGAACUGCUCUGCUCCAGCUCCCUGUCUGUCUCAUCCUCCAACUCUCACAUGGACCCCCAACCUGGGUGACAGUCAGGAGACACUGCAGGAGAAUCAGGACAAAACUAAAGUCAAGAUCUCUGUUCUGACAUUCACUGUUUCUCACCUCCAUCAUGGAAAGACCAUCUCCUGUACUGCCACCUACAGCAAACAAGAUGGCAGCCCUGUGGCAUCUGUUAGCACAAGUUUAACAGCUGCUGUUUCAUAUUCACCCAAAGACACCAAAGUGUUUGUCAGUCCCUCUGGUCCAGUACCAGAGAACAACAAUGUGACUCUGACAUGUAAUAGUUCUGCCAACCCAGUAGUAAGGAACUACACCUGGUACAGAGCUGAUGGAGGACAGGAGACUUUCAUCGGGACUGGACAGACUUUAAAUAUUAAAGCUUCUAAACUUACUGGUCCUUUUUUCUGCACGGCUGAAAAUGAUCCUGGAACUGGACGAUCCAACAUCAGUCAAAUAGAUGUUCGAUGUGAGUAUCACAUGAUUCAGACUUUUGUUACAUGA